UCAAACACUAUGUAAAAUGUCGUGUAUAAGACAGAAUGAGACGAGGGAAUACUAUUAUUGAGUGCGUGUGUGUGUGUGUGUGUGUGUGAUUGUGUAUAUAAAACUUCCCAUCAAAACCUCCAUUUUCACAUACACACCUAGUGCUAGUAGUGUGUGUGAUUGAGAUUGUGUAUAUACAUACAUACAUGGAGGGCAGAUUUGAUGAUGAACACAAUGACGAUUCCUCCCUCACUCCUCCACCGGAGAAUGCGGCGGAUUCUCCAAUUUCCGGCGAUGAAGAAGCAUACGCCCCUUUUCCCAAAAAAAGGAGAGGUGCUAAUAAAAGAGUGGUGGUGGUGCCCAUCGGCGACGGUAGCCGGAGUAAAACGGAGGUGUAUCCGCCGCCGGAUUCAUGGUCGUGGCGGAAGUACGGUCAAAAGCCUAUAAAAGGAUCGCCUUAUCCCAGGGGAUAUUAUCGGUGUAGUAGCUCCAAAGGGUGUGCAGCCAGGAAACAAGUUGAGAGAAGCCGCCUUGACCCCACCACCCUCCUUAUCACCUACUCCUCCAAUCACACCCAUCCUCUCCCCACCACCACCAAGCACCACGGCCCGCCUCCGCCUGCCGUGGCGGCCUCCUCGGUCGCAAAGCCAACGCUCACCUCCUCGGACGAGUGUAACCGCCAGUUGGACAUUGAGCCGUGUCCGGCCGACGACAGAUUUGUCGAGCUGGCCGGGGAGUUCGGCUGGAUGUGCGACGUGGGGCCCAUUGUCGUGGACGGGGCUGCCCUCGUGGGCCCCGCGUGGGGCUCCAAUGCCGACGUGGAGUUCGUUGGAGAUGAGGACAAGCUCCUAUUCGGUGACCUCGGAGACUUGCCCGAGUACUCGAUGGUGUUCCGGAGGCACCGACCGUGUUAUGCCGGUACCGGAUGAGAGCAACGAACCAACAAAGUGAAUAACACUAAUAAAGAUAUGGAGAUAUUUUUCUCUUCUACUUAUCCUUUCUUUUCUGCACAUAAUACCCAUAUCAAGCUUCACAUGCAUCAAUCUAUUAUAAAUGGGUCAUUCACCCAUUCAUUAUAAGGGGAAGGUAUCCAUACUUAUAUAAAGGAGAUAUGAUCAUCACCAAGUCGAUGUGAGACAAGAUUUAAUAGUUUUAACAAUA